AUGUCGUCUUGGGGUGUCGAUGUCUCACUGAGACAGGGUACUCGUCAGGGAACUACGGCUAACUACGCCGUAGUGAUGUGUCGAGUGGUAAACAAUAAGGUGGUCGUCGAUGAACUGCGGCUAACUUUGCCGUGUUACGGGAAACUAGGGGUUAUUAGUAAUCCCGUCCGGCGGAGAACUACGACGAAGUUAGGAGAAGGAUACCGAGGGAUUCAGAGCAGAGUGGAGAAAGUCAGACGAAGUGCGGCGAAGUUAGGACAUCGGGGAUAUGGCAAGUAUCAAGGAUCACUCUUACCGACGACCCGUACAAACCUCGGAGAAGUUCAAAGUUAUAUGCACCCGGAAAGAAGAGUAACAAGAAGUACGAGUAGACCAGGAGAAACGGUAGAAGAGACGGAGAGGAGGAUGUUGGAGGAAUUAAGACAAAGCUUGGGACCAUUGCCUGGUGCAAUUGAUACCCCCAAAGGAUUGACGCAAGGAGAUGAGUUCUAUCCUCCUCUACCCCUUGAACCACCACCUCAGCCGACCGGGCUAUCAGAACCACCAACCGGAUAUGAUAGCGGAAAGAAAGUGCUGAGAGGAACAGGAGAAGAAGAAGGAGCAGGAGACGGUUGGGGGAAUAGUUGA